UCGGUCCACCUCACAGGAGUACCGGCUUUAACUCUCACCGAGACUCUCAGCCAAAUCCUCCGUGUCAAAUUUGAGAUCUGUGGUUCUUUUAAACUGCUCGGACCUUUGGCAGCAGCAUGUCUAUCCCGCAGCUCGGGUAUAAGUUCAUCAGACCGCUGUACUCCACGGAGCGGCCCGGGGCAGUCGGCGGUCGCGUCGGCGAGGAGUUGAACACGUCGGGAUCACUCUCCAGUGUCCUCUCCAGCAUGUACGGAGCUCCGUUCGCCAACACGCACGGAUACAGCGCUUUCCUGCCUUAUUCCAGCGACCUGUCAAUAUUAAAUCAGCUGGGCUCACAGUACGAGUUUAAAGACAGUCCUGGAGUUCAGCACGCAGGAUUUCCUCACGCAGCCUUCUAUCCAUACGGACAUCAGUACCACUUUGGAGAUCCAUCUCGACCCAAGAACGCCACUCGUGAGAGCACCAGCACCCUGAAGGCCUGGCUCAGUGAACACCGGAAAAACCCUUAUCCCACUAAAGGAGAGAAAAUCAUGCUUGCCAUCAUCACUAAAAUGACUCUCACUCAGGUGUCCACCUGGUUCGCCAAUGCCCGUCGGAGACUGAAAAAAGAGAAUAAAAUGACCUGGGUUCCCAAAACACGGACAGAUGAGGAAGGAAAUCUUUAUAUGAGCGACAACGAGGAAGGAGACAAGAGGGACGAGGAUGAGGAAAUAGACUUAGAGAAUAUUGAUAUGGAAAACAUUGAAGACAAGCAGGACUGUGAUUAUGUGGAUGAUGAGAAAUCAGUUUCUAAAGUGUCCGACAGGACAGACUCUGAUGGAUCUGAGGAAUAUGAUGAUGCUGGAGCCGAGAAGAGUUUUAUGAACGAUAUUAUAAAAGACAGAAGAGACUCAAACUCAGACGAGAAAGAGGGGGAGCGAAUCAAAAAGAAUCCAGCAGCACAAGAGCCCUUGAAUAAUGUAAGUCUACCUCAGAAGCCAAAGAUCUGGUCUUUGGCUGAAACCGCAACGACGCCGGACAGUCCCAGAAAGUCUUCAUGGGUUCAGAGGAACUGUGAUGUUCAGACAGUCAGAAAUCCUCUUCAUGUUCAAAACUGGACCAAAAUGGCUUUUUCAGCCCAUCAGAUGGCAUUAACCAGCCAUUACCUCGGACUUAAACUCCAAACCAACUCACAGAACCACAUACACAUGAAGCACAGAGACCAGAGUACUCACAGCUUGUGAAAUCAAAUGGACAGUUAAAGACAUUUGUUAUGUUUUUGAUAUUAUUAACCUUCCUUAUGGGAGAACUUAACAUGGUUAUUAUGAUUCAAAAAAAUAUCCCAUUUCUAAAUAAUGGAUGCCCUGAAUUUAUAAUAGAUAAAAGUUGUCUAUUAGCUCUUCUAUUAAUAUGAGAUUGAUUAUAUUAGAAAAUAUUUUAUACUGCUGACUUGUUAACAUAAAUUUAAUUGUGUUAUAUUUGUUAGAAUCAUUGUGAAACAUACAUUUCAAUUGUGUUUUUAUGUCUACGCUACCUGAAUUAGUCUAUAAAUAACAGAAACUAAUCAGAAUUGUACUUUGGUUGGAUUCAGACCUAUUAAAAAAGCAUCUAAAUGAAUAAUAAGUACAAUUUCAGAGUUAGCUAUUCAGAGAUGUAUUAAUUCACAGCAGUAUAUAGUGCCUAAAGUGGUUUAAAACCAUCUAUCAUUUUCUUUAAUAAUGUUAUGUCUAAAACACACACACACACACAGCUUUGUGCACAUAAAUUGUGAUUCGAGCAAGUGUUGCUUCCACAUCUUUGUCUUAUUUUAACACGUCUGUUUUAAGGAUUCGCAAUAAAAUGACACCAGAACUGAUGCUUAUCUUUAGAAAGUGUUUUGCAAAUUAUGAAUUCUCUAUUAAAAAUGUUAUUCCAGAUGCGUUGGAUCUGAAAAGCCUGUUAUCUUUUUGUCAUAUUUCAUUUUGUAUGUCACAUGUCUGAAGUCUAAACAUUUUAAAUUAGCUUGAUUUAUGUAUGGGUUAAACACAAAAUAUUUCAGAUGGUUUUGUACACAGACUGUAAAUGUAUCUACUUGAAAUAAUAUUGUACAAAGACAUAUAUUUUGAAUAUUAAAACAAAAUCACACAAUUGU